AUGCAAGGCAAUAAUAAUCAAAGUGAAGGAAAUGUGAGCGUUGAGCAGGCAGCCCAAGUAGGAAUUAACGGGCCAAUUAGAAAAUUAGUCCUUGUUGGAGACGGAGGAACAGGAAAGACCACUUUCGUGAAGAGACACUUGUUCGGCGAGUUCACCAAGAAGUAUGUUGCAACAGUUGGAGCUGAAACUUAUCUUCUUCCGUUUUACACCAACUACGGACAGAUUAACUACAACGUAUACGACACCGCAGGACAGGAGAAGUUCGGAGGGCUGCGCGAUGCGUACUACUACGAGUCAGACUGCGGUAUUAUCAUGUUUGACACAACGUCCAGAAUAACCUACAAGAACGUCCCCAACUGGUACAGAGAUCUUCGUCUUAUUUGCCCCGAAAUUCCUCUGUGCCUGUGCGGUAACAAGGUGGACAUCAUGGACAGAAAGGUCAAGUCGGCGCAUAUGAAAGACAGAAAGCUGAUGCAAAACAUCGCAUACUUUGACAUCAGUGCAAAGAGCAACUACAACUACGACAAGCCUUUCCUUCAUCUAGCAAAAAUAUUAUACAGCAAGCCUGAUUUGUUCUUUGUAGCCAACUCAGAACUCCUCCCCCCCGAAGCAAUCGUGGACGAGCAGGCCGUAGAACAGCAGAAAUUACUAUCAGUUGACGCAGCUUUAAAACCACUCCCAGAAAAUGAAUAA